AGUCACAGCACAACUCAUUGACAUCAUAGACAUGAUGCAGACGCCCGUCUCUAGUAGAUGGAGUUAAACAUGGUUAAAAGGUUUUAAAAACACAACUAGAAUGGGAGUAGAGUCGGUCUGCAUGUCCAAAUGUUCAUCUACGUCUUUGUCGUUUUUCUGUUGGUAGUUCAGACGGUGAACGGAGAUCAACCUGAUGUGGAGAUGUUUUCAGAAAGUUUCAAUCAAGAUACAGAGAUGGUUUUGGCGUGCAGAGCCAGAGGCUUCAACACAUCAGGAAUCGAGCUGCAUAUCAAGAAGAAUCGCUGUGAUCUUCUGACUAAAGAGGACGGAGUGAAGACUUCAGGAAUUUAUCAACAAGGCAACACCUACUGGAGAGAAGACUACAUCAUCAUUUCUAAGUCUGAAAUGUCUAAUUACAGCUGUGAAGUCAUUCAUGCUGAAUCCCGUUUUCAUGUUGAAAAAGUUUGGGAUCCUGACUCUGAUGGACCAGGACGGAUCAUUUCAUCUCGUCCUCGUGUGUUUUUGUCGGUGGACAACGAAGUGCAGGCGAAGAUCACACUGACGUGUCUGGCUGAAGGUUUCUACCCAAGAAACAUCACUCUGAACAUCAAGAGGAACGGGAAUAUUCUAACCAGAGAGGACGGAGUGGACAGUUCAGGAGUUUGUCCACGUGAAGACAACACCUUCCAGAGAAGAGACCACAUCAUCAUUUCAAAGUCUGACAGGUCUGACUACAGCUGUGAGGUCAUUCAUGCUGCAUCUGAUUCACAUGAGGAAAAGGUUUGGGAUCAUCAUCUUCCUCCUGACACAGAUGACAAAGAUGGAGACAGUUGGCUCAAAUCUGCCAUCAUUGCUGCAGUGAUAGUGGUUCUGGUUCUGGUUCUGGUUCCGGUUCUGUUUCUGGUUCUGGUUCUUUACUUAAGAAGCGACCUUGGAGACAGAAGAGGCAGAUACUCAGAUGUACCACAGGAUGUUGAAGCUCCUGAUUCAGAAUCAAAUCUCUGACUGGCGACACUGACUUUGAAAAUUCUGCUUCUGCUGGUUCUGGUGACUCUGAUAAUCACGACACAUCCAACAAUGUUGAGACUGAGAAACUACAGAAAACAAAUGUCCAGGAUCAAAGGACUCCAUCAGAACCAUCAAAUCCUUCUACCAGCGAGUAGGAGACUAAAACUGGGACUGAAACUACUGUUUGUAGCUUAGAAAAUAUAUGAAUCAGCCGCUAAACACUUGAAGCCUAUUCUAUGCACAUGUCUGAUAAAUAUAUAUAUGUAUGUAUGUAUGUAUGUAUAAAAGGACUUUCUACUGUAUGAAAACUAUUUAAAGUCUAGUUAAAAACUAAGGACUUCACAGUCAUAGAGUCAUAAAAGCAGCUACAAUCACCAUCAAUACGAGAGCAGCAACAAACAAUAUCAAUAUUUAUGGACCUCAGGGUUGAAGCCUCGUAUCGCUCCACUCAUUCAGACGCUGCCAAAUGUUCAUAUUCACAUUAUUAAUAUUUAUUAAAUGAAUUCACUGCAUCUCCCGCCUCAUUAUGAGCUCUAGUUUUAGCCAAGAAGAGCUUCCAUGAUGUGUUCACUGGCAACACUAUCCAGUAGCAGUCUGUGUUGAAGUCGAGUUCCUUCAUCUCAUCAGCUGGAAGCAGCUGUUCAGGCAACUGGUGCCUCAACAAACCAGUGGAUGCAUAAAGGGACAAUGUUCUUUUCACUGAAAGAUUUGUCUUUUUGGUUUAUAUGUUUCAGUUCAAUUAAAUUUUUUAUCUGUAAAACCAGACAUGUAGACAUUACAAUACACCCGAGUUAUCCAGGAGGCAAGUUUACAUCAGUAGUCCCUUUUCCCAGGUGUUUUAUUCUGCCUAAAUGUGUUUUUAUUAUUUCAUUUAAAUGUGAUUACAUCUAAUCUGUCAUUAAAUUUGGGACAAAUCUACACAUAAAUAUGUGUACAUUUAUGAGGAUAUGUCUGCGUAUACUACCUGCCUAUACUGCAUAAACCCAUCUUAAUACAGUAGCUUGUUCCAUA